UCAUUUAGGAGCAGUUUAAUGAAAUUUAUCUAUUUUUAUGCCAAAAUAUAUUACAGUAUUAUGAUUUAAAGAUUUGGAACUGUUCGUUUAAUCGUAAGUGAUUUUUAUAGUAUGACAAAGUCCGUGAUAACGAAUGGAAUAAGAAAAACUUAUUACCUGUAAGAAGAGAUUCAAAAAGUGAAAUAAAAUAAAAUACCAUUAAAAAAUAAGAAUGAAUAAUCUACUAAUCAAGAAUAUUCAACUGACUAAGACGUGCAGAACUUGCUUGCAGUCAUCUGACGAAAUGUUUUCGUUAUUUACUAAAAUAGAAAAUAACCUAGAAAAGUCAAUGUAUAUUUACGAAUGCAUAAUGAGUAUAUCGUGUAUGAAGAUUCUUCCAAAUGAUGGUUUACCCUCGAUGAUUUGUACAACAUGUCUGGAGCUAGCUCACACUGCCUUCAAGUUCCAACAGCAAUGCAAUCGUUCCUAUGAAAUUCUGGAGUAUUAUUCUGCAGAAAUACAAAGCAAUUUAUGUGAUAAAAAGCCAUCAAAUUGGGUAAAUACGUUGGACUACAGAAAUACUGAACAACCCUCAGAAAUUGCUUGUGUAUCUAGUAAUGAAUUAUUCAUUGAAACAAUUAAAGAAGAAGACUUCAAAGUAAUAGAUAAAUGCCACGUUGACACUGUUAUAGAAGCAGAUGAAGAUCAGAAUUCAAAAGGCUUGGAACUUAUUAAUAGUCAAAAAAAGAGCGUACGACCAAAGGGAAGACGUAUUGAGAGGAUAACAUGUAACCAGUGCGGUAAGCAAUUCAAGCAUAUAAGCACAUUAAAAGUACACAUGAGCAUUCACAGUCAGGAUCGACCACAUGUUUGCCAGACUUGUGGGAAAUCUUUUAAACAGCAUGGCUCUCUCCUUUAUCAUCUCAGGAGCCACACAGGAGAGCAGCCCUACGUCUGCAACAUAUGUGGUAAAAAAUACAAACAAUCUGGCACCUUAACAGCCCAUAUGCGUAUUCAUACAGGUCAGAAGCCCUAUCUGUGCUCCGUAUGCGGUCGAGGCUUUAGGCAAGCACCAGAUCUGAGUUAUCAUAUGCGAACCCAUACAAAAGAAAGACCUUACAUGUGCAACGUAUGUGGUAAAACCAUGAGAAUGCAAUGCCAUUUGGUGCAGCACAUGAGGACCCACACUGGUGAAAAACCUUUCAAAUGCACACAAUGUGACAAGGCAUUCCCCUCUUCUACGAGACUGAAAAGACAUACGGUGGUCCACACGGGGCUGAAACCCUACACUUGUGACGUUUGCCACAAAUCAUUCAAUAGAAGUAGCACUUUAAACACCCAUGCGAAAAUUCACACCGACGAAAGGCCCCACCUUUGUUCCGUAUGUAACAAGGGCUUUAUACAAGCUCAUGCCCUUCGUGCGCACUUGUUAACGCACAAAACUACUGAUCCCCCAGAAGAAUUACCUUCGAAAUUGUUAGUUUUUGUGAUGGACUAAAUUGUAAUUUAAAAUUACCUGUAUAUGUACAUGGUAUGUGCACCUGCGUGAUUUCUAAGUAU